AUGGCCCCUGGAACAGGCCCCCAACAACGACGGACCUUGCGACUGUUACUUCCCGGGGCUUUCACCACCACUUUCGUCGUCGCAGUCAUCAUCGUCGUGAAGGCAUAUCAGACCAAGGCCGUCCUGACACCAUCGCAGAAAAAUGCAUACAAUGUCCUGUCGAUAGGCUUCAUCAUAUUCCUGAGUGCAGCUCUGCUGGUCCGCUACGAAUCGAAAACCUUCAAAGAAACCGCGAUAUGUCUUCAUCACUACAUCAACAACUGGGCUACGCCUUCUCAAAAGACUCAAAGCCUGGUGGAGGGUUUUGACAGCCUAUCGAAUGUCUUGCAGCUCGUGUUUCUUGCGCGCAAGCAAACGCUGCGAUUGGUCUGUGUACUAUGGCUUUUGAUCAACCUUAUUGCCAUGAUCGCUCCCACCCUCCAAGCUCUAGUAUGUACGCUUGAAGAUGGGCACGAUUACACUAGUAUAUACACCCGCAAUGGGUCAGCCAUGGUACCAAGCCUUACGUGCUAUUUCAAUGGUGGCCACUGUGCACCAACCAAUGUCACGAGGGAUCAGCUAGCCCAUGCAUAUGGCGAGACCACCUUGGGGCCCAAAUCAACCGAUCCAGAUAAUUGCGGCGACUUCACCGAUGUCCAAAGCAUCGUCGGCUCUAAAAAAGACUAUCGAUAUUACUGCCACCGCGUAGGCCCUGUCCAACAGUUCGGCAUCCGCUUCAACGAAUACAACGACAACGACAAUCGGAGAAUCUACCCCCAUUUCACCACGCGAGUCAUCACUGCCUCCUCCGCAAAAUGCAACGAGUACGCCCAGCUUGGUAUCCCGAAGCCAACCAAUGUAGGAGACCCGAAUACUGACGGUACAAACUUCAUCAGCGCUUUCGAUCACACAUAUAGAAUUAACGCUACAACUAACGGCAGUAUCAUCAUCCCCACGUCGGCCCUCGGCAACGACGGUACCACCUACAUCUACCGCGGCAUCCAUGAGCCCGUAAAAGCCAGUUACUACAGCUACGGCGAUCGAGGGCUAAUGAUGUGGGCAUACCGCAAUCCAGGCAAAGACCGAACGCCUCAGUUCUACGAGUGCCCCGUCACCGUCGACCCAGUCGUCACCGUCAUGGGAGACUCCGUGGACAAUGUCACUGACCCCGUUCACGCAAUCUCCGACGGCAUGGCUCGCGAGGCCGUCGCGUCAAUUGCGCUGCAAGGCCAGUUCAAACAGACGGGGGGAGGGCCCCGGGUGUUCACCCAGUGGCAGUGGUAUGCAAUUAGUCAUCCCUGGAAUAUCGAAAACGAUGCCAGCAAUGCCGCAGUGGGUGCCAACAUCGCCGAACAUGCCAUCGUAUCACUGGCGGAGAUGAUGGCGAACAAUCCGACGACCAAGGCGCGGGGGAAGGUGCCGUAUCUCGGCACCCGGCUGAAAGUGGAUUGGCGGUCUUUCGCCGCCUUGAUGGUGGGGAUCAUUGUGUAUGAUAGUUUGACAAGCGUGUUAGGCUUAAUGGCGAUAUGGAAGGAUCCAGAGUCUAGGUUCCAGCAGUUGAUGAAGCAUCCGGAUGAAGAGAUAGGGCUCGAUGAGAGAACUGUGAGAUAA